GCUAAAUCUCUUGAUACGUGGGUAUAAAAGCGUGUGUAGGCUGUCUCAUAGACGAGUAUUAUCAUUUUGAAGACAUGUAUUUUAAACUUAUAUUGGCUUCUGUUGCUCUCAUGUGUAUAAGUGUUGCCUCAGGUUUUACCGCAAUCACUUGCUAUUCUUGCAUUGGUCUUUCCGAUAAAUCCCCUGAAGAGCUUCACAAAUGUCGUCACUUUAUUAAUAUUACCGAAACUAACUCCCAAUCACCAGCUGGAUAUUGCAUAUUUUAUGUAGGAAUUAAAAGAGACAGUAAAGCGACUAUUGCGGUCAGAAGUUCUCUUCCCCAGGAUUGUGAAUACCAUAGAAUGUAUAGGUCAGCAAACUUACACUGUUCGCAGUGCGAAAGCAACCAUUGCAAUACUGACAAAUAUUGAUCAAUAAGACUGCAAUAAGCAUCUAUAAGGAUUAUGAACAUUUUCUACAUACUAUCAUCAAUUAUGUUAUUCUUCUUUAAUGUUUUUGUUCUUUUUUCUUUGAUUUAUCCUCUAAGCUAUAAAGUGUAAUACUUAAUUAUU